CCACAACAGAUGGCCGCUGAUGCACCUCCCCCCUGUUCAUCGGUGCUUAAAAGAAAGAUCCUCCGGGAUGCUCUUUUGACAAAUCCUUCUGGUUGUCAUUGGAGUCAAUGCUGGAGGUGUGUCGUUUCAUUGUUUGUUGGUGGCCACCCUGUUGAAUUUUGAGGUCGGUGCAAUGGUGGUGUUUCUUGCGAGGUUUGAUGCUGCUGAGUAGGGCGUCGAUCAAACGGUCAUGGUUGUCGCGGUGGCGAGGUACUGCCUAUGUGCUGAGGGCGUCGCUUUGUCCACAACUACGUCGAGAUUGAGCACGGCAAUACUCCUCCCAGAAUGUGUGAUAGUCCAGCACGGCGACAAUGAUCUCCGAGCGAGCAGAUACUCCUUUGUAUGUGUGUUGUCUCCGAAAUUCAGUCGGCGACGAACACCGACUGGGUUAAUGGAAGAAGAAUCUGUGGCAGAACAGAGCCGUCAUCCCCGAACCCGGAGAAAUCACUUAAUUUGUUUGUAUUUUGUAAAACUCCAUCUGUAUCUGAUAGAGGCAGUGUAUACUGUUCUCUUGUGUCGGAAUCUCGCUCGAAUUUUUUCGUCUCGGUUGAAUGCUCCCUGCGGUGUCGACUUUCGGAUGCCACUUCAUGAGUGUGUUUUAUUAUCUCGUGUUGCCUAGUUUCUCAAAGUUUCACAUGGUCAUGAAUUGUUUUCCCACAUGACUUGUCCAAUGUCGCUAAAUUAGUCUCUUUAAUGCUGGCACCUGUGGCCUCUUCAAUCGAGGCACAGUAAUGGUUGUCGGUCGAUGCUCGGUUGGGGUCGUCAAUCGAUGCCUGGCUGGGUCGAUCGGUGCCCAGCUAGAUUCCUUGAUGCAAACCUUAUCUGGUUCUUCACGUGAUAUUUGCUCCUUCUCUUUGCUAUCAGCUGAUACCCUAUUGUUGCCAUCAAUGGGUAUUGGAGUUGUCAUUUCCUGUAUUGCAUUAGGUCCUUUUAAUUGGUGGUAAGUCUUUGAAAAUAGAUCAUAAUCUUUCAUUUGACUUG